UUCGCUCAGCCGCUGAGGAGGCAGGAUGGGGAAGACGGUGCGGGAUCACCUCGUGGACACCCUAGACGAGCUGGCGCAGGACGGGUUUAAGAGGUUCAAGACCAAGCUGAACGUGUUCCCGGUGAAGGCGGGUUAUAGCAACAUCCCCCGGGGCCAGCUGGAAAAAGCUGAUGUCCUGGAUGUGUGCGACAAGCUGAUCAGCUUCUAUCGGGAGAAGUAUGCAGUGGAGGUGACUGUGGAGGUCCUGACAGCCAUCAAUGAAAGGGAGCUGGCAGACAGACUCCGCAAGGCAACAGGGACUGGUUCCGGUGGCGAGGGGCAGCAGCCAGGGCCAUCUGACGGUGCCACAGGAAAAGGUGAGUCCGGGCAUUUUGUCGAUCGAUACCGAGUGCAGCUGAUUGAACGUACCGCCCCUGUGGACCCCAUCCUGGACCUUCUUCAUGGGGAUGUUCUGGACGAGGAGCAGUACCAGACCAUUAGAUCUGGGAACACCAACCAGGAGAAAAUGCGGAAGCUGUAUCUACUAAUGCCAAGCUGGAAUAAAAAGUGCAAGGACCGGUUCUAUGAGGCACUGAAAGCCAAGAAUAAGUUCCUCAUUGAAGACCUUGAGGGAAAUUAAGACAAUCAAGAAGUUACGUUCCUUGUGAACGUGCAGCCAUUCCAGGUGCAUGCAACCCUAGCUCCAGAUUCCACGUGGCUUUCUGGGCAGGGUGGUGCUUUCACCCCUUUGCUAACAUUGUUGCAGGUAAAAAACCUCUUUCCAGCGCUCCCUUUGGUGGAAUGGGUAAGCCGGUGAU